AUGGUCAAGGAAGACCUGUCAGUUAUUUCUAUUAUGGUUCCCUUCUUUGGUGUUGUUGUAGCUUGGUUCAUGCUUUUUGGACUUUAUUUACAUCUCAUCUGUGUGUGUUACUGCUGCUAUCCUAGAAAGCUUUAUGGAUGUUCUAAAUUAGCCUAUGCUUUGUCCUUAAUAUUCACCAUCCUCAAAACCUUUGCCGCAAUAGUUGGAUGCAUUGUCCUGUACUCUAGUCAAGGGAACUUUCAUGGAAGCAUCUCCAACACAUUGGAUUAUGUAGUGAGUCAGGACGAAUUCAUAGCUGAAAACCUCAGGAACGUGACAUAUUAUUAUGAUUCAGCUACGCAGAUUACACCUAGUGUAUUUCAUUUGCCACAAGAUGUUGGAAAGGAGUUUAAUAAUGUUAAAACCAAAAUCAGCACAGCUACUGCUGACCUUUCCAAUAAGAUUAAAGAUAAUUCAAAGAUGCUACACCAAAGUAUAGAUGGAAUGUGUUUGGCUCUUAAUAUUGUUAAUACUAUUAUGCUUGUUUUUGUACUUAUCGGAUUCUUAUCUUUCAUAAUUGGGUUGCAGUACCUUGUAUACUUCUUGGUAUUUUUCAAAGGGAAGGGGGAUGAUACACAAGGCCCUGCUGAGCAAGACCAACCAGAUGAGGAGAAUGAUCAAGCUGAUGCUAUUGGGCUGGAGCAACAGCAAAUGGGUCAUCACACUGGCCCUAAGUCUAGGUGGUCCAAAGGAAACAAAACCCAGCCUAGGUGGAUGAAUGAUUUUCUGAUAUGA